AUGGAGUACUUGCCAUGUGGUGAUCUACUUGGCUACCUGAGAAAAUGCCGAGGAGUGAGGGAUCGGUACUAUCUUGGUGAGGGAAGAGCUCAGGAUUUGACCAACUACGAUCUCGUGUUGUUUGCCAAACAAAUCGCCGCCGGCAUGGUGUUCCUUGGAACGCAAGGGGUAAGUGGAAUACUUGUCACGUGUCAACUCUAACUCAGAAAAAUCUUUCAGAGAUUUAAACUUUUUAUUUUUCAAUAGCUCGGAUCUUGGCCAACAUUUAGGAGAGCUUUUGAAUUAGAUAAACCUCUUUGUUGAAAUUAGCAGGUCACUGCAGAUGUCAAAAAAAAAAAAAAAAAAAAAAAUGAGCCAAAAGACAUGAGAAUAAGAUUCAUAAUAAUUCGGUUGCUCAGCCUAAAAAGAUCCCAGCUAUGAUUAUCUGGAAUGGUAUAAAAUUAAGCCUAAAAAAAAAUUCCAUGCACCCGUCAAAGAUCGAGAAUGCGCUGAUGGUUUGUUUUGGCUAUUCGCGUGUAGUGUAAAUAAUCUGCGCCAUAUAUAUAUAGAAAAACCUUAUUGCAACACUUAAAAAAUUAAACAAAGAGAAAAAUGAAACUCCCCAGAAAUCUGUAAAAGGAAACAAAGGUAAAGAGAAAACCAUCUUACUGAUCUUUUUCUUUUUUGGAAUACAACGGGUCCUCUGUUGCUUUACCAUUUCCAAAUUUCAUUUCAUUAUCAUAAUUAUUGUAAUUAUUAGCACAGUUAUUACUAUUAUCGUUAUCAUUGUUAUCGUUAUCGUUAUUUUCGUUGUUACAAAAAAUGCAUUUUUUUUCUGAUAAAGAAAGUAGAAAUCUUGGUUUUUUCAGCAUUAAAUCAUUACAUAGGGCUGCCUUAGUUUUAGCUCUUUUAUCAUUCGAACAUCCUCAAACAUUUGAUUUAGCGGCGUACUAUAUAAACCUAUCGUUUCCUACCUUUUACAUUCUGGCUCCUUAUCUUCUGAUAGAUCAUCCAUCGUGACCUGGCGGCUCGAAACAUUCUCCUCGAUAACAACUAUGUUUGCAAAGUGACGGACUUUGGUAUGGCAUAUCAAAGCUUCAAGUAUGGCCAUGGAAAUGCUAAAAAGGUAGAAAACACUUUUUUGGUUGCUUUAGUGCGGGGUUUUCUGGAAACAAGUUGUAUGCGUCAGCAUAUUCUCUGCAUAAAGUAAAUUUACCUCGUCUACCAACAGGGUUUCAUAGUUCACUUUUACUUACAAGAAAGAAGCAAAACAAAACAGAGAUAGAAAUUAACAGAAUCGGUACUUUGGCCCGGACAUCGGGAUUGUCAAUUUCACAAGCGUUUUUUGUGGAAAGUCUCGUGAAAGGAGUUGCGUUUUCUGUUUCCGUGACAUUUUGACGAAGGCUAACAUUGGAUUGACUUAUUAGGGAACGACAAAUGUAGCUUUCUUUUCACAUUUUAAAAUGUUUACGUUAUGUAGCUUCAUAUUUUAUCAAAGAUGGUUUGGAAAAAAAAUGUACAUAUGCUUAGUACGGCAAACAUUUAUUGGUUGUUUUUCCAGGGAUGUUUGCCAAUCAAAUGGACUGCACCAGAGAUUCUGCUGGGAGAACUUGCUGGACUUUCCACCUUGAGUGAUGUGUAUGUAUAG